AUGCGCUCUGAGUCCAAUUCCGACGAAACCAAGCCCGUGUCUGGGCUGCGGCUGCUGGGCCGCAAGCUGCUGCGGCCAAAGACUUUCGACUCGCAGCCGAAGAAAGUGGUGCUGCACAAGAAACCGCUCAAGAAGAGGAGCACCCUGCCUGCGAAUGCAGCGGUCAAUCGCAACCAGGGGGGCGAGCCAUUGAAGCCCACGGGGCUCAAACCCGUGCACGUGGAACCAGCGAAGGGCGCCAAACCCAUCGUUUACAACCCGUACGGGAUCAAUAACUCGAACGGGACAGUGUUCAGCAACGCGAACUCUGCGACGAACUCCUCCGCGGGGAGCACUAGAGACGCAAGUUUCUACCUCCACGAGGGCGGGGACACAGUCAGGGUCCUGAAGUUGCCCCUGAUGGACCCGAACGAGCUGAUGCCGGAACAGUACGUGCAGAGCUCCGUCCAUCUGUUCGAUAACUUCAAGUUCGAAUCUGACCACAAGAAUAUCGGGUCCGGCGGAUCGGCAGAGGUGAAGAAAGUAGUCAGCAAGAGAACAAACACGGCACGCUCUAAGAUAUACGCGUUCAAGAAACUAAACAUGAUAUACACGGAGACGGACGAGCAGUACUACAAACGCUGCAUGAAGGAGUUCGUCAUAGGGAGACACCUGACCCGCGCGUCCGGGUACGGAAGCGUCAAUAUCAUCGGCGUUUACCAACUGUGCAAAGUCCCGACAACGACUAUCCUCGUUAGAGGUUGGGGUUACGUCAUGGAACUGGGGAGGUACGACCUGUUCAGCGUGAUGACCCGUGUAGGGUGGAAGAACGUCGAUAUCGCGGAGAAAUACUGCAUCUUCAAACAGGUCGCCAACGGUGUGAAGUUCAUGCACGACAACGGGGUUGCACACAGGGAUUUGAAGCCCGAGAAUGUCUUGUUCUGCGAGGGAGGCGUCUGCAAGAUAACCGACUUCGGUAUCUCCGCAUGGUCGCACGAGACCCCCGACGACAACGAAACACCAAUAAAGAUGUGCUCUGGGAUGAUCGGAUCACCACCGUACGCACCACCAGAGGUUAUGGUAUGGGCAGAGAAGAAGGGGUACCCGGACCCGGCGAAGAAACCGUUCAACCCUCUCUCACUGGACUGUUUCUCCCUAGGUAUCAUCCUCAUGGUGCUCACAAGAAAUUUUAUACCGUUCUUAGAGUCCUGCGACAGAGAUCCGAAAUUUAGAGAGUACGAGGCAGGUUACGAAAAGUUCAUCAAAUACGGUAACAAAAAUUUCAAGACGAAGGGAUGCUACAGGGACGGCCCCGGUAAGGAGUACAAAUUUGCCAACUGGUACAGAGACACAGACGUCGCGAGAGUCGCGUGGAGACUGGCCGAUCCAGACCCAGAGACCCGCUACACAAUGGAGGAUUUGCUAAAUGACCCCUGGUUCCAGAAAAUUGACGUUUGCAUAGACCCCUCGGAGGGGGAACACCUGCGACCAAUGGAACCAGAAUUGUAUAACCAAGAGGAACUCGCCUCCGUAGCGGCAGAAGUCGUAGCAGCAGCGACUCCCAAGGCAGCAAAACCAAGAUCCAUGAUAGAUAUUGCAUCCACACCACAGACAAAACCAAAGCACGGCUCCUCCACGUCACCAAUAUCCGUUCCAUCCGUCGCAUCCAUCAGCAUGCCCAAGGAACUGUCUUUGUCGAAAUCCAACACACCAUCAACGUCACCGGCUUCAUCCCAUAACUCACUCUCAGGCAGCGAUUCUCAAGACAAGAAGGAUUCAGGCAAUCUCUUCACAGUCAAGGAAGAGGAAAACACUGGAGAAUCACCACAUAACUGCACGGAAGAUUCGUCGCAGGGAGAAACCGCAGCCGAAACGACAACUACCCAAAAUAACAUAGAGAUUGUUAACGUGACAAAGAAGAUCAGCGAGCUCUCCACGAAAAUGGAUAACGCGAAGAAACACAAAAAGGUGAAACACCACCACCUAAACGUCGUCAACAGCAUCUCAGGCCUGGCGAGUUCCUCCUUCUCCGAAUCGAUAUCUUCCAUUGCCUCGUCCACAGGCUCGUCUUCGCAAAGGAGAUGGUAG